CCAGCCUUUAAGAACUCGUAACGUUUUUUUUGUUUUUUAUUUUUGGCCCACCAUUUGGACCCUCGAUUGCCCUAUAAAUGAGGAAUUCCAUUCUAAACACUUGCCUUUUCUCUCCACCUUCGAAACCCCAAUUGCCCUUCUGAUCGUUUGUAGGUGGAAGGAGGGGAGCGAAGAAUCGUCAUCUCGCUGGGAAUUUUAUGGUGUUUUUUCCUAUUAACAUCGAUUACGCAGCGGUCGAAUAGAGCUUUCCCUCCUACACCCACCAACGAACAGGUGAAUAAUGGAGCAUAAAGAGACAGGAUGCCAAGCUCCUCCAGAAGCUCCCAAACUUUGUGCUAACAACUGUGGAUUUUUCGGAAGUGCUGCAACUAUGAACAUGUGUUCAAAAUGCCACAAAGACUUCAUCAUGAAGCAAGAACAGGCCAAGCUUGCAGCAUCCUCGUUUGGUAACAUCGUGAAUUGUGGACCCAAUGACCAUGGCAAGAAGGCUGUUGUCACUUCUCCAACUAAGCUAGAAAUCGAACCAGCUGAAUCAUCCAUCAUUCCAACUCAAGCAACUUGUACUUCAUCAAAUGCAAGCAGCACCGUAGAGAAGGUGAAAGAAAGCCCAAAUAGGUGCAGCAGCUGCAGAAAGCGCGUUGGUCUAACAGGGUUUAACUGCCGAUGUGGAAGCCUCUUCUGUGCAGUCCAUCGCUACUCUGAUAAACACAACUGCUCUUUUGAUUACCAGGCCGUUGGUCGGGAGGCAAUUGCAAAAGCCAACCCUGUAGUGAAGGCUGAAAAGCUGGACAAGAUAUGAUAGACGAGACCGGCUGACCGAAAGACAAAACGAGGUGCAGCACCAAACCUAUGUUUUCCUUCUGUGUUUGAAUGAAAUCUAUGAUAUUUUCUUGGUUGAUGUUUUUUUUGGUGAAAAAGGGGUUGUGUGCAAAGGUUUGUGAGACAUGUCUGUCUGUUACUUGGAGGAGCAUAAUGUUGUGAGACAAUCCCGCUGGAGAAACGGCAUCGAGUUUGACAAGUGUGAUUGUAGGUUUUGUUUGUAAACCAGUCAGUUGUAUGGAUGGAUUAUGCUAUGUUUAAAUUUCUGCUGGUUGAUUUUGUC